GCCGGGACUCGCCGGGAGCGCCAUGCUGACCACCGGCUGCCAACAGAGCCAUCAAUAUAGCAAAAACAGUAAGCCUGUACGAGACGGGUUACACAUGGGUUGUGAGAAGAGAGCCUGCUUCUGGACAAAUGUGCUCUCCAUCCUGCUCGUUGCCGCACGCUGCAACGCCGACGAAGCUUCUGGAGCGACGAACAGCGUCACAGUCACGUCCAACUUCGUUCCAUUCUACAGCCACCCUCAUAUCCACGCCGUUCAGAGAUUACUGAAGCUAUCACGCAAUACGCACACAGAGAAAGAAAAUGCCCUGAAGAGAAUUUUCCUGUCUACGCCAAAUGUCACGUGCAACGAUGGAUCUCCUGCAGGCUUCUACCUACGAAGAUCAAACAACAGUAAUAGAUGGAUAGUGUUCCUUGAAGGAGGAUGGUACUGCUUUGACACAGAAACAUGUCUUAAUCGCUGGACGGAACGGCGUUACUUAAUGAGCUCUUCCCAUUGGCCUGAAACACGUACUGUUGGAGGAAUAUUGUCUUCUAACCAAGAAGAAAAUCCUUUCUGGCAUAACACAAAUCAUGUGCUAGUACCCUAUUGCAGCAGCGAUUCUUGGAGUGGAUCAAGAAACAAACCUCUGAAGGAUCUACAGUUCACAUUCAUGGGUGCCAUUAUUGUAUCACAGGUUAUAGAGGAUUUGUUGCCUCUGGGAUUAAGCAAAGCAACAUCCCUAAUGCUAGCAGGUAGCAGUGCUGGUGGAACUGGAGUCAUAGUCAACCUUGAUGUAGUCAAAGAUUAUUUACACAACAAAGUCGGCUUGCAGCAAAUAGAAGUGAGAGGUGUUUCUGAUUCUGGGUGGUUUCUGGACAGAGAUCCUUACAUCGGCAAUGCACAAAGUCAAACCUCAUCAGUAACGGUGCGCAAAGGGCUGGCAUUGUGGCAAGGCCAACUACCUGCUCGUUGCGUUCAGAAAUAUUCAAGUGAUCCGUGGAACUGCUACUUUGGGUACAGGUCAUACCCAAUGUUAUCAGCUCCAUUGUUCAUAUUUCAGUGGCUUUUUGAUGAAGCUCAAAUGACAGCUGAUAAUGUAGGCAUACCUGUGACAAAGCAGCAAUGGGACUACAUUUACAAAAUGGGAGACAGCCUCCGCAACACAUUCCAGAAUGUAUCUGCUGUGUUUGCGCCAUCAUGCAUUUCACAUUCUGUCCUCCUGAAGAGAGACUGGCUGUCAAUAAAGAUUAAUGAUAUAUCACUGUCACAUGCUUUAAAAUGUUGGGAAAUGAAAUCAUACAAAAAACAACUGAUGGAGCAGUGUGGAAAUCAAAAAAAAUCAAUGACAAGCACAGGAACAGCUCGUUCACUUGCAAGUGAUAAGAGUACACUACCAAGAAUACGAUUUGGCAGUACUUCCAAAGAAGCAUCUUUGAAGGCCGGUCGUGGUGACAGGAGGAGGAGACGCAGAAAGAAGCACAAUAAUUACCAGAGAAGCAGGAAGACAAGAAUAAGAAAUAGAAAGAAAAAAGGAAAAGGAAGGCAGCACAACUGCAUGCGUUCACCAAGAUAUGCAUCACACACACAUCAGAACUCCAGAGAUUCUAAUGACUCAUGUCAUUAUCAUAUAAUAGAAAGGUGUUCGUGGCCACAAUGCAAUCAUUCAUGUCCAAAACUGCAGAACCCCUAUACAGGAGAAGAAAUGGACUUCAUUGAAUUGUUAAAAUCAUUUGGCCUUGACAUGGUGAAUGUUGCAAAUGCACUUGAUAUUGACAUUCAUACACUUAACAAUAUGGAUCAUGAGGAAUUGCUUCAGUUACUUACACAACAAGCUAACUGAAACAUGUACAAGUAUAAUGUAAAUAAUGUUGGACAUACUGUACUAUAUUAACUAUAUUAGAAAUGGAAUUAGUUUUCUCCAUCCAUAAAACAGGAAUAAAGAGAAAACUAAAAUGAUCAACAUGAGUUGCAUUGCAUUACAACUCAACUUACAAAAUACUGUGUGUCAGAAAUCUUCAGAGCAGUUCCUUGCUAUAUUAUUAUUUAGUUAGUCAUCACCAAAACUUCCUAUCUUUUAUUUGGUAAAGUAAAAGGAACACAAAAGACUUGAAAAAAUCAUGUUUAUAUCAAUAAAUGUACACAAACUCUUACAGUCAAUUCUGCAAUAGGGAAAGUGAAAGUGAAGAAAAUACUUACAGUUUACCACUGAUAUAUUAAUUAUAGUAUUGUCACUUAUUAAUGAAGAAGAUCACUGCAAGUGUUUAAAUUUGAAUCAAAAGCAGUAUCUGAAGUUAUUGGUACAUGUUAGAUACAAAGGGAAUAAUUUUUAUGAUACAGUUGAUAAUUUCAUUGUUAAUAUAGUUAUGAGAAAUUAAAACUACAAAAGUAAGUAAUUUUAAAACACUUUAUUCAGUAAAUGGUUCAAACCUUGAGAUGUAUGUGUUUUUGAAGUUUAUGGAGUUGCUACUGUUGGUUAAGUCAUGAUACGCAACUUAGGACCAUAUUAUGUUGUGAUGCUGUGUCUCAUGUUAUCAUGUGAUUUUCUUUGGUAGAGUACUGAAUCUGUAACAAUUAAAACUGUAAUGUUUAACUGCUUUAAUCGAACCACAUUUAAAGAAUAAUAUAGAUUGUUACAUCAGCUUUAAAACUUGAGCAACGGCAAAAUUACUUAAUGUAGUAAUGCUAUUAUUUGUGUUGAUCCUCUAGUCAGUUUGUAAUGAUUUUUCACUUGUUAAGCUUUAGCAACAAUUGUAAAUAAAUGAUGGAUCAAAAUAAUGUCACAUAGAAAAGAAAUGCAAAUAUUUUCAGUAGUUUGCGUACAUCAGUUACUAAUAUAGCACUUAGUUUUAACUUUAAACAAAAAUGCAUUUCAUUUAUCAAAGAAAGUGUUACACCAUUUUUGUUUAACUUCAGAAGAUUUGAUAACAUGAAAAAUGACAAAAAUGCCUUAAAUAGAAGGAAACAUGAAGAAUGAAAAGAAAGCAUGAGAUACAUACCACCAGCAAAGCAUCAUGAUCAUUCAAACAACUGUAUAAAAGAAAGUAUUAUGUGGAUAGAUACCAAAACUUUAUUCUUCAGAUAAAUCAAAAAUUCUUUUUUCAUCUCUAAUAUUCUUGCUGUGGUCAUUGUAAAAACUCUAACAUUUUUCAUCGCAGAGAGAAUAAUUUCUUAAAAAGGUGAUAAUCUGCCUUGUUCUUGUCCUGAACAAGAUGUAAAGUUCACUUGACAAUGAAAUUCAGACAAACUGUGGUUGUCCCAUUAGUAUUUAUUUCUUACAGAUCUGUUUUUACCUUAUGAGGCUAUCAUCAGGUAACACUUGAUUUUUGUCUGCAAACAUACCAGUGUACAAAUAAAAAAUAAAGAUUACAGUUAUUGCUGGAAUACAUAAGAAUUUUUAACCAUAGCAGCAGACAAAGUAUACCAUACCAAGAGCUCUUAACUAGUGUACAAAUAAAAAAGAAAGAUUACAGUUAUUCCUGGAGUACAUAAGAAUUUUUAACCAUAGCAGCAGACAAAGUAUACCAUACCAAGAGCUCUUAACUAAAGUACAAAUAAAAAAGAAAGAUUACAGUUAUUGCUGGAGUACAUAAGAAUUUUUAACCAUAGCAGUAGACAAAGUAUACCAUACCAAGAGCUCUUAACUAGUGUUAUGUGUUGCACUAUGCUCUAGAUAACUAUCACUUCCAGAAUGACAUAUCAAAACAGCACCAAAAUAACAGAUUGAAAUUCCAUAAGGCAUCCAUAUAUUGUUUGAUCUGUAUGUUAGUAUUGAUGUUACCUUGUGCUAGAAAUUAGGGUGUAUGUGAUGUUUGUCAGUAUAUCCCUCAUACAGUGACUGCUAUUUACACUCUGAUUUUAUAUCUACCCAUGACUUCUUAUUUUCCUUAUAUGUUGUAGUUUACUAUUGUAAGUGGAAAUUUACCAAUAGUUAUUAAGUGAAGAUUCAACUUGUAACUUUGGUUAUUACAGUUCUUGCAUAGUGUUAUGGUGAAAGUCUGUUUACACUUCGUGAUGUAUUUUAUUUUAAAGGAUUUGGUAUUUCAUUGUAGCAUAUUUGUGGACACUAGUCAGUUGUUACCUCAUUCAGGCCUAAAACAUCUACACUAGUUUGUAAAAAUGAAUUCAAUAUCUGCUUCUAGUUUAAUACGCCACAGAUCCACAGACAAUCUUAACUUGUGUAAUGGUGGGUGUUCAGCAUACAAUAUUAUUUCUUAACUUUUCUGUUCCAUUUUUUGAAUAGUGUAUUAGAAUUAUGAUCGUCAAUAAGCAUCUUCAUAUGUUCAAAUUUCUUUCAUUUUGCCAUGAUGGUCAUUUUGUGAUACAUUUAUGGAAGGAAUUAAUAUGGCUCUUGACUCUUCUUGGAGCUUCCACAGUAUAAAUGGUGCAUAUAAUACCUCGCUUGUAGUGUCUGCAUUGGAAUUGAAUAAGCAUCCCUAUGACUCUCUCACAUGCAUUAAAAAUGUAACAAAUUGCACUCAACUCCUUUAGAUCUUCUGAAUAUCCUCUGUUAUCAUGUAGUAUGGCUUUUAUACGUUACUUUAGGAGUCGUACACUGAGUCUUCAGACAUCUGUCAUUCCAAAAACAUUUUUUUUUAUUUGAUCAUUCUGCUUUAAAUUACUGUAAUACCAUACUCUUAGAUAUUUUAUUAUGGUUGUCGGUGUUUUUAAUUAUUUAUCAUCAAAUGUCCAGUUGUUUAUGAAAAGUAUGUGCCAUAACAUUUGUCUCUUUUGAAGAUCAACUGCCAGCCCCUGGACCAAGAACUGAUAAUGUGCAGAUCUUCUCACAUUUUCUUACAAUUUUCUGGUAUUCCUACUCCUUUACAUGCCAUAAUUUCAGUCAUGCACAGCCUCAUGGAGUUUUCACUAUUAUUCACAACUGUUUCUGAAUGUUAUGAAUAAAUAAAGAAAUGAAUGUUUUUAAUAAAUCUAUGUAAGACUAAAAAAAUUACUGUUCAUAGAAUCCACAUUGAUUCCUGCAACAGAGAAUUUUGGUCUCCAAAAACUGGGGAACAGGCAAACCUAAAAUGUGUUCCUUGUUUCUACAACUGGCUGAGGUCAUAAAUAUAGAUUUAUAGUUAUUUACAUCAGUGCAGUUACCCUUUCUAAGGAUGAAAAUGACCUAAUCCUUUUUUUUUCCAAUUGCUUGGAUCACUUUUUUCUUCAAUAAACUUUGAAUGAACAGCUGGUGAGAGGUGAGGAAGCUAUUUCAUAUGAUCUAUAUAGAAUUGUUCUAGUAUACCAAGCAUGGUAGGUGUGUCUCACAUCCUUAAAAAUGAAAUUAUUUUAAGACAAAAUGACAGAAGAAUGUUUCACUGAUUGACUGUUCUGUCACUUAUUGGUAAAAUAUUUCAUACAUUAUGAAUGAAAACACACACACAGCACUGAUGUUAUAUUCUGGAAUAUUUAUUUCACAAAUCUGCUUUUGGCUGUUAUGCCAUCAUCUGGUACUUAACGAUGAUAUAACAACCAAAAACUGGUUUGUGAAAUAAGUAAUAUUACUGUAGACUAUUACACCAGUAUCAUGUGUGUUUUGAUUCAUAAUAUGAAGGAAUGUUUUAACAAAAAGAAAGAAACAUCUGUAUCAAUAUAUAAAUGAAUGAAAUUGUAAUUUGAAUGUGUGUUGUAUCUUCACACAACUUUUACAUUGGAAGGAUUAACUCAAGGUUUGAAUUCAUCCAGUUUCUUGUAACUUCAUUUUAAUAAGAAAAUACUGAUGGGAAAAUUAACUUACUUUAGUCACACGUCUUUCUUCACAGAGUUAACCUAUAUGUUAACAGCUUUUAUUAUACUUCUGCUACUGAAACAUUAUCUCUCAUGUAAACAAAUGAUUUUUUCUUCAUAAUAUAUGGUAAUUAGUAUUAUUUUUUUUUACGUUUUUUCUUUAUGAAAUGUAUAAGGAAAGUUUUGAUGCACUUAACUGACUCCUCAGUGAGUGUUCUCUUACUUUCAUACAUUGAAUACUAAAAGACACGUAUCUUUUGGAUGAAAAUAUAUUACAUGUUAAUUUAUUUCUUUAGUUAAAUACUGCAUCACAUGGGAAGGGAAGAUGUUAAAUCUAUAACUCAGAAUCCUCAAAAUUUAACUGUGGCUAGAUGCUUAUUUCUCAACCACAGUCAUCACUCUUUUGCCAGUAGGUAAAACUUUUGAUUCAGAAUGAAUAAGUUUUCAACAGAAUCAUCCAAAAUUGAGCUUGUCUCAUGAUAUUCGUAUUGUCUGUGCACCCUUAUACAUUUUACAUCACCAAUUGAAUACACAUGUGGAGCACAGAUGAAUAUUUGAUGACAGGAAUGUAAUCUGUUGCUCAUAUCACCCGCACAGCUGGCUCCUGCUACAAGAGAGAUAAGAAAUGUUACUUUUAAUACAGUCAAACUUUUCAUGAAGACAUGUAUAAAAAAAUCAUCUUGGACAAGAAAUGUCCAUAUGACUGUGCAAGUAGGCAUUAGCUAAUGUUAUCUCGUACGUACAAUUUGUUGCUGAAUUCCUGUUGUAUACUUCUACGAAAGUGAGAGAGCACAAUCUGAGUAACAAUGCGGAAAAAAUCCAUGUCUGAAGAUGAACUGCUACCAUGCCACAAGGUCACAUAUGUAAAACAUUGUAUCUCACGACCUAAUGUCACCUGAGUUACAUAGCAAUAGUAAUUGUGCGACUCUGGAAACCACUACAUUUGUUACCAACUGUCCGGUGCAGUAAUAAUGCUCAGUGCUAAGAUACACACAAUGUUUGGCAUCCAAGUGGAUUAUUAACUAGCUGCCCUACCUUUUUCCACUGACAACCUCUAUCUUGUUCUGCUACAGUAGUGAUUGGCAAUGACUGUUGUUACCAUAUUAUUUUUUGGCUAUACACAGGAUGAUUCAUGAAGAUAUGCAAAUAUUUUAACAUGUUAUUCUACAAGUAAAACUAAAGAAAAAAUUUCAUGUAAGCAUAGGUCCGCAAAUGUCUAGUUAUGGAGUUGCAGCUAAUAAAAGAUUUUGCCUUUCAGCAAAUUCACUAAUAUAUAACCAUCACAAAACUGCACGAGGUUAAAGUAAAGCAUGAUUUCCGUUUAUUUUGUUGUUAUUGGUGUGGUGAAUCUAAUAAAACAUGUCCCAGAUGUGUAUCUGCAGUAGUUUUCCAGACCAUCCAGAGAAGCAAAGAAGUAAUUUUGUAACAUUUUUAAUUUAUUAACCAUUUGGCCCAAUUUGUUUUUUAAAUUCCAGACAAUUGCACAAAGUUUUCAACAGAAUUUGUAGAGAAUUUAAUUUUGGAAAAAUGAAGGUAAUAAGGUUAACUGAAACUGUAUGAAUGUGUCAGAUAAUCUGCUUUUAUUAAUACCAUAGCACACGUGAAUUCAUGUUAAACCGCAAAAAUACAAAGCUUAGUGUUAAGGAAGUUGUACAGCGUACAUACAGUUUCACAAUACGUUCACAAUAAAUGUUCAAAAAUAUCUUCACCAAGUUCAAGGCAUUUAGUCGCACGUGUGUGAAAAGAAUUUGUUUUUCAUUUCAGUUCCUCAGGGUUGCACUUAAUUUCAUCUAUUGCAUUCACAAUGUGAGUAAUGCCUCACAUGUACUGACUUUUCGCUCAUAAACUAUGUCUUUCAUCCAACCCCAUACACAAAAAUCCAUUGGUGUUAAAUCGGGAGAUCUGGGCGGCCACAGACAUGUGGCACCAUGACCAAUCCAUUAUUGGAGAAAAUGUUCAUUUAAAUGUGUAGUAACAGCGUUGGUGAAAUAUGGAGGUGUGAAAUCAUGUUGAAAAUACAUUUGCAGUCGCAUAGGAAGUGGAAUAUCUUUGAGCAAUUGAGACAUUUCUUCUCGAAGGAAUUGUAAGUAUAUCUAGCCAGUUAGGCACCCUGGGAAAAUGAAUGGUCGAGUAAAGUGUGUGUUGAUUACACCACACCACACAUUUAUGCUAAAUUAUUGCUGGAAAUUGCAGUGCACUGUUGCAUGUGGGUUUGCUUCAGACCAUUUGUGCUCAUUAUGUAAAUAGUUUAUACCGUGUUGUGUAAACUGUAAUUGUGUAUACCAUCUCUCAUAAAUUGUGCCUCAUCAGUAAAUAAAAUGUAUUUGUAUAACUGCUGAUUAGUAUUUAACCAGUUUCACAACUUCAAGUGAAGGACAGGAUCUCCCAGAUGCAAACAAUGCACUUUUUGUUUAUGAUAAGGAUUAUUGUGUUUCAGUGUAUGCCAUACCUUAGAUUGUGAAAUGCCUAAUCAUUGAAAGAUAUUUCAUGUAUUGGGACCCAGGCUAUGUUGAACAGAAUCGUUAAAUCUUCAUCAUCGUCUUCACGUAUUGAGUGCCCGUACUGAUUAUGAAUGCUGUCUCCUGUAACUUUCUGAAUACUCCACAAAUGGUUCGUGCAUUCAGAAUCCUCUGAGUUGGAUAGUUUACAGGAUAUUCGUUAACUGCAGCCUUAGCAUUACCAUCUCAUUUUCCAUAAAUAAACACCAUAUCAAUGUGUUCCUCUGUUGUAAAUUUGAAAGGCUUCCCUAUUUCAUAAAUAAUCUACAAACUGCAACAGUUACAAUGUUGUUAUUAUGUUCUUUCACUGAACAAUGCAGAAAGCUACCUCACUUCAAGGUAGGAAACGACUGAAACAACUCACUAACAGCUGCCAACAAUGACAUAAAUGUUUCUACAUUCUUAAUGGAAAGUAAACAAAUUUAAUUGUAUAAUAAUCUUUGCUUCUCUGGGUGUUCUGGAAAUCUACUGCAGAUACAUCUCUGGGACAUGCUUUAUUAGAUUCACCAGACGAUAACAACCAAAUAAAUGGAAAUUGUGCUUUACUUUAACCCUGUACAGUGUUGCAAUGGCUUCAUAUUAGUGAAGUUGUUAAAUUUCAGGCAGGAUCUUUUAUUAGACAUAACUCCUUAACCAAACAUUUGUGGACCUAUGUUUAUAUGGGUUUUUUUCUUUAGUUUUACUUGUACAUAUACAUCUACAUGGAUACUCUGCAAAUCACAUUUAAGUGCCUGGCAGAGGGUAGAAUAAUGUAUUAAAAUAUUUGCAAAUCUUGUGAGUCACCCUGUAUGUAGUAAUUCUGAAGUUUACUGUAAAUUACUAUCACUCUUUCUCCAUGUUUUUCGGUGUAUAUAAUAUUGCUUUUGCUUUACUUUUCCUGUAGCAUAGGAAUGGUGGGCCUCUGAACAUGUGGUCAUCUCUGGUAUUCAGACUGCUAUUUAAUAAUAUCAAGUAAUUUGUACUAGGACUUUAUAAAUACCCUUUACAUAUCAGUCUCCAAUCAGUCAUACUAGGAACGUGUUUCAUGUCUGAGCUUCACAAACAUUUUCAGCAGUAUGUGGAAAUCUGGUUACAAAAUUAUUUGUUACAUUCUUCAAGAGAACAUAGGUUUUAAUUUCUUUUGCUUUAGCACUAGCAUUUAUAGAUUUCUGAGAACCUAUACAUGCAACAGUUACUGUACGGUGUUCCUAUGUCACCCUAC